GUAAACAAACAACAAAGAGCGGCAUGGCAAGUGUAAUAUCAAGUGGUUUUCGUGACGAUUGUUUGGAGUUUUUAAGUGAAUUUUCCAAGUUGAAGGUGCCAGACUAUCAAACCUUUUGCCAGGAAUGGAAAAGAACCAAUUUCCAGUAUAUUUUUUACGGGCGGAAUACGGACGCGGAAAUGGCGGAAUAUUUAGGAGAAAUGUUUUACACUGUUAAGAAGUGUUUUUUUAGUUCCCACAAUCAGUUUGAACGAAUCGCAUCGUUUUACCUGCUCUACACGUUAUACUUCAAGCAACCGCUAUUUAUGUUUUGCAAGAUACGGCUCACAGUAACUGAGUGGCGUAGGAUGAAAGAUUUUGCUAAGCGUCCAUACAACGGUCAGGAACUGCCACAAAUAACAGUUAUAUUGUGGAAGAUGUUCAAAUCAGAUGCAUUUGGGUUUGUGCAAGACGAACUAGAGCGGGGUUUUGAUAGAUUUUAUCUAAAAAGCUGUGGUAAUAACUUUGACGGUUCUGGACCAUUGAGAACAAGCAAGGAUUUGGAAAAAGAGCUCCUUACAUUGACGGCACCUGGUGGACUUAUCAACGCGAUGGAGAUUCUUGAAAUGGGUUACAACGAAAUGAAAGAGGCGCUUGAUGGUACAGAACCCACCGUUGGUGAGAGAAUACCGCAGUCAACAUUGAUGCAAAGCCUGCGCCAUGAUAUUGAUUCACUUGGAGUCAUGCUGCGAAGUUUCGAAAAUCAGGGACCCUCACGUCCGAGUUUAAAAACUGCCGAAGAGGUCCCAGACUCAAUGGGGGCUAAGCGAUAUUCAUUGCGCAGGAAAGCGUACAAACGAGAAGUAAAAAAGAAGGUAUUUCGCAUUGCCGGACGAGAGUGCCCACCGAGUUCGGAGGAAACGAGUGAAGAGGAGACUGUCCCAGAAAAAGUCGUAAACCUAGAGCAGAUGGAACCGAAACCCAAAGGCUAUCGAAACAUUCGCCAAAGAGGAGUGAAGCUAAGUGACGGUGAGCAAGAUAACUCCCAGGAAGAAUCCGAUUGA